GCAUCAAGCAGGCACAGUUGAACGGCUUCUACGACGCUCAGUAUUUCUGCUCAGACACAUACAAAUUCUACGAACAGGUGGAGAACGGCGACCUGAAUUGGAUUGUCCCAGAUGGACUACUUGCAUUCAGUGGACCUCAUACUCUGCCCAACGGACAGAGCAAUGGAUACAGUGUUAAAACACCCGCAGACUAUAA